GCGGCUGCUAAAUUUGUACGUGUUUCUACACCACGGACCAUAUUAGACGGACUGUUCCCCAAAAAGUAAUGACGGCCUUCAUACCUAUUGUUACCGGGAAAACCCAAUAACCAUUCAUGGGCAAGACAGCGGUGAGUCAGGGAGAUGUCGACCACGUAUCAGCUGAUAUCAGUGGAAUUUUAACCGUGCGAGUAUGUCACCAAUUUUUCUAUUAUGUCGCUUCGAAAUUACUUGUCAUUAGAUGCGAAACAAAUAGUGAAAAAUGCGUAUGAAUGCUUAGUCGAUAUUCAUUAAACAAGAAACGUUCAGAGAAACCUGCCUAUCUACGAACACAUUAGAAUCGUUCUCAAUAAAGGAUAUUGUUAACAGUGAAUACAAAAUAAAACAGAGCAUUACAAUUAAUCGUAUUGACGACUCCGCGAGUGAAUUAGAUUAUGGAUAAAAAAGUACAUAUUUUGGUAAUCAUUGAUAAUUUUGAUAAUAUUGGAUUUUGGAUGUCAUUGGAUUUUCUGUCAGUGCUAAUAUGAUUUGAUUAUAGCCAAAUAAACAUAUGUAAUAUUUAAUGUUUAUACUUUUUAAACAUUUUAAAAGUCAAUCCUCGAUGCUAUGUCCUACAAUACCGACAGGUCAGGUGUUUUAUUGCCAUCAGAAUGUUAUGUCCAUAAUUGUCGUCAAAGGCCACGACAAUAUACUUUGGGACAGACCAUACCCGCUCCCGACUGGGUUCGUUGUUUCCGAAACCGCCCGGUUCUUGAAUUUGUUAAAGACCGGCGACACUUUCACAACUAGAAGUGAUCGUGACCUGUCGGCGCUUGUGCCUUAUCGAGGAUGAACCGGUCCGUGCUACUGCUCUUCGUUCAACUUGCCCUAUUGGUAAACCGAAACAGCGCUUUAAACUCGGUAUGGCGAUACGAGUGCCUUAAAGGGCAGUGCCAGAAACGAGCGAUAACGAACACUACCGAGUCGACCGCGUUAAGCUUGUCCGCGUGCCGGCUGUUCUGCGCGGACGCAGCUGCGAUAUGGCCGAAACCGACUGGCGACGUGUCGAUUGGCAACCUGCUCGCCGUCGUCAACGUGCACAGCAUCGACGUAGUGGGCGCUAAGUCGGAAAACCCGACCUUCGAUUUGGUUAGCGGCGCGGCAAAGAUUUUUAAGAGGCAAAUUGAAAAACUCAUUCCGAGAAACACUCAACCGACCGGUGGAAAGUCGAUGACCGUCAAACUGGAAAUCGAUGACCACAGCAUCGACGGUCUGACUCUCGACACCGACGAAAGUUACACCUUAAAAAUAUCUCGGACUGGCGACGGUCGAAUCGAGAGCAUCGUGACGGCCACCAACUUUUUUGGAGCCAGACACGGACUCGAGACACUCAACCAGCUCAUCAUUUAUGACAACCUGCGGAACGAGCUGCAAAUUGCGGCGGAAGUGUUCGUAGCCGACAGGCCGGCGUAUCCCUAUAGGGGUGUGCUGCUUGACACGUCCAGAAAUUACAUUGGAGUCGACGCGAUCAAGAGAACUCUGACGGCUAUGGGGGCCGCCAAACUGAAUACUUUCCACUGGCACAUUACCGACUCGCACAGUUUCCCCUAUGUAUCCAAGUCGAGGCCAGAAUUGGCAAAGUACGGAGCUUACGCACCAGACAAGGUUUAUACCGCGCAAGACGUCGAGGAGAUCGUGCAGUACGGGAAACUGAGAGGCGUCCGCAUACUGCCAGAGUUCGACGCUCCCGCGCACGUUGGAGAAGGUUGGCAAAACUCGAACCUCGUGACCUGCUUCGAUUGGCAGCCCUGGCAAGACUACUGUGUGGAGCCGCCUUGCGGCCAGUUCGAUCCGACCAAACCCGCUCUCUACGACGCCAUCGAAGACAUUUACAGGGACAUGUUCGAGCAGUUCCGACCGGACAUGUUUCACAUGGGCGGCGACGAGGUCAACUUCAAUUGUUGGAACCGGACAGACUCGGUCGUCGAGUGGAUGACUAGCAAGGGGUGGGGACGAGGCGAUGCCGAUUUCGUCAAGCUAUGGGACCAUUUCCAGAGUCAGGCCCUAGAACGGGUCUACAGGCAGGCGGGACGUCGCCUCCCGGUGAUUAUGUGGACGAGUCAUCUCACGCGCAAGGAGUACGUGCUGCAGUACCUGCCCAAGGACAAGUACAUCAUUCAAAUUUGGACGAUGGGCCGAGACGAGCAAGUCGCCAACUUGCUCGAGCAAGGCUACAAACUGAUCCUGAGCAACUACGACGCCCUCUAUUUGGACUGCGGCUUCGCCGGCUGGGUCACCGACGGCAACAACUGGUGUAGCCCGUACGUGGGCUGGCAGAGGGUCUACGAAAAUAAACCGGCCAAAGUGGCGGGAAACAAGAAGAGUCAAAUUUUGGGGAGCGAGGCGACGCUGUGGACGGAGCAGGUCGACUCGGCCGUAAUUGACAGUCGACUUUGGCCGAGAGCUUCGGCGAUGGCCGAGACGUUGUGGUCGGAGCCGGCGACAUCGUGGCGGGACGCGGAACCGAGGAUGCUGGUACACAGGGAGAGGUUGGUCGCGCUAGGCGUGGACGCCGACGCGCUCGAGCCCGAGUGGUGCGCCCAGAACGAGGAGCACUGCCCGAUCGGGGGCAAAUUCAAUAUUAAUAACAGGGGAUGACAGGAAA